AUGCAACAGAGAGCCAGCCAUCUCAUGGAGUUAUUAAGAAAACAUCCUUUCACAUAUCACAGUCCAGAAUCAGGACCUUUGCUCCUUUGUAAACUAAUCGCUGUGAGCUCUGACUCCCACCUCCACACCCCCAUGUACUUCUUCCUCUCCAACCUGUCCUUCAGUGACAUGUGUUUCAUCUCCACCACGGUCCCUAAGAUGCUGGUGAACAUCCAGAGACACAGCAAGAGCAUCAGUUACGCAGGCUGCCUCGCCCAGGUCUGCUUUGUCCUGGUUUUUGCUGGAAUAGAAAACUCUCUUCUUGCAGCAAUGGCUUAUGACCGUUACGUGGCCAUCUGCCAUCCACUCAGGUACACAGUCAUCAUGAACCCCCGUCUCUGUGUCCGGCUGAUUCUCUUGUCCUUGACCAUCAGCAUUACGUAUGCCCUGUUCCAAAGUUUGAUGCUACUGAGGCUGUCUUUCUGCACAAACCUGGAGAUCCCCCACUUCUUCUGUGAAAUUGGUCAGGUCAUCAAGCUGGCCUGUUCUGACACCCUCAUCAAUAACAUGCUGGUAUAUGUGAUGACUAGCCUGCUGGGUGGUCUUCCUCUCUGUGGGAUUCUUUUCUCUUAUGUUAAAAUUGUGUCCUCCGUUCUAAAAAUGCCAUCAUCUGGGAGAAAGUCUAAAGCCUUUUUCACGUGUGGGUCUCAUCUCUUAGUGGUCUCCUUGUUCUAUGGGACAGGUCUUGGGGUGUAUGUUAGCUCUGCAGUCACAGACUUUCCCAAAAAGAGUGCAGUAGCCUCCGUGAUGUAUUCUGUGGUUCCUCCAAUGCUGAACCCCUUUAUCUACAGCCUGAGGAACAGGGACAUGAAGGGGGCCUUAAAGAAACUCAUUCAAAUGUCUUCCUUAUGA